AUGUUUUCUAGAGCAUUUCACAUCGUUAAAUCCUUCAUUCUUCUUGGAACAAAGAACACUGCGGCAGACCUUUUGAUACAAUGGUUUGGGCCCGAAGACCUCAAACGUGUUGUUGGAGGUGAAAGAUGGUGGCAAGUCCGUGGUUUAGACGGUAUUGAUGCUGAGUGGAUUGCUGAGAAGUCGCACUUGCGGCCCGAGAGUGAUCACAUAGAUGCUGGGAGGAAAUACAGUGAAGAGGAAAGACUUCUAAUGUCGAUGGAGCAAUUAGAGACCACGAUGCUUUACAUUCAUGGAGGCGGAUACUAUUGGGGGUCCAUCAAUACCCAUCGUUAUCAAAUCAUCAAAUACGCACAUAAAAUUCGGGGGCGUGCAUUUACCGUCAACUAUCGGAAGGCACCACAAUACCCAUGGCCAUGCCCCCUACAUGAUGUCCUCGCAGCAUAUCUCUACUUGAUUCAGCCACCUCAUGAUGCUGCCCAUAAACCCAUUCCUCCUUCAAAAAUCGUCUUCGCCGGCGAUUCGGCAGGUGGCGCACUAUGUCUCGCAAUGCUCACUGUACUGCGAGAUUUGGGUCAACCGUUACCAGCGGGAGCGGUGCUCAUCAGCCCGUGGGUAGAUCUAACACACAGUUUUCCUAGUAUUCAUACAAACACAGCUACGGACAUCAUACCUCCUCAUGGAUUCAUGAACAAACCCUCUGUAUUGUGGCCGGUGGAUCCAAUCAAGGAAGGCGGUCGCGUUCUGCCCACUGACGCUGAGAAGAAAUCUGAUUCUACGCCUGUUGGUUCCAAGCACCAAUUAUUAAGCAAUUCUGCAUCAAGCAUUCCCCUGAAAUCCCAGCAGAAAACAUCAUUGUUUGACGGAGGGAAGUGUGAUCUCACUGGCGGAGGGCACGGGCGAAGCCGGGACCAAAACAGAAACCCAACCCAACCCCCCGAAGGUGCUCAUGAAAAAUCCUGGAGAUGUUCCACUGGAAAUACGGUCCCAGAUACAGUACUAUGCUAUGACAGAGUGAGACACCUCCAUUCCAUUCUUACAUUCAUUGACGGUCAAUGUCCGCGAAGGCAAUUGUCGCAUCCUCUAGUCUCGCCUAUUCUCCAAGCCUCCUUAGGCAACCUCUGCCCGUUGUAUAUCUUGGCAGGCGAUGGAGAAGUGCUUCGCGACGAAAUAACAUAUCUGACGCACAAGGCAGCCAAUCCAGCAGAGUACCCUGUACGGGAGGGUGUAAUUAGAGACGGAUUGAGGCAGAAAGAGAAUGCGCAUAAAUUUUCUACGCCCACCAAAGUCCAUCUGCAAGUGUAUGAUGGAAUGUGUCAUGUUUUGACAGUCUUCACCUUCACCAGCAGUGCUGACUAUGCUUACAAUUCUAUUGCGGAAUUUGCGAAACAUGUCACCCAACGUUCGGCAGAGUACCUUGACCGAUAUCCGUUUCUCGUUCUGCAGCCGAUACCCGGAUCUGAUGUACCAUCGUGCGCCAUGAAUGACCGAUCGGGUGACAUAUUGAUGAUUCGUGAACGUGUAGACAUCCACGGUCGAGUUCGCUCCAUGGAACCGAAAGAAGAUAUUGCAGCUUUACAACUGAGGCCAUCAGAGAUCGGCAUCAUCAAGGAAGAGACUCUUUUCAAGUGGCUGGAAGGCCAAGAGGAGUGGGACAGGCGUUUCAAGUAUUGCGCAACCAAGGUAAUGAAGAACAGGAAAACAAUUGAAGCGAAGGCCAAGUCGAUUAUCAAGAAAGCAAGGCAACGAGGCCUCUCGCUGGCGGGAGAGAGCGAUGAUCUUGUCGAGAUGCCAAUAGUCGGGAGAUCGAGUGCUGUGUAUGGGGCUAUUCAAGAGGAUAGAAGAUGGGGGCCGUUAGACCUGGUGGACGAACAGCCACCACCUACAGCGAUUGCUGCAAGACGAGACACACGCUUGCUCUGCUUAAGAAGAAGCAUUUAUCACACGGCGCCAGCAACCCACAAGACUAUUCCGAGAGUGAAAACAGUGGACGUUGUUCUCGCUGCUUUUGAUCCCAAUGAUUCGGUUUCAGAGCAGCAGGUGCGAACUGGAAUGCGAUAUAUUCACGGUAUGCGAAUGUGGCAGUCCAUUGUGAGGUAA